CCGCACCCCGCCCCUGCCCCGAGUCCCGAUCCCACGGCCGGCCCAGGUCCACGCAUCCAGCGAGCCUGAGCGCCUUCUCCGUACCAGGGAAACCCACCCACCUGAAGCCAAGAUGUCCAGCAAGCGGGCCAAAGCCAAGACCACCAAGAAGCGGCCACAGCGGGCCACAUCCAAUGUCUUUGCAAUGUUUGACCAGUCCCAGAUCCAGGAGUUUAAGGAGGCUUUCAACAUGAUCGACCAGAACCGUGAUGGCUUCAUUGACAAGGAGGACCUGCACGACAUGCUGGCCUCGCUGGGGAAGAACCCGACAGACGAAUACCUGGAGGGCAUGAUGAGCGAGGCCCCAGGGCCCAUCAACUUCACCAUGUUCCUCACCAUGUUUGGGGAGAAGCUCAACGGCACGGACCCCGAGGACGUGAUCCGCAAUGCCUUUGCCUGCUUCGACGAGGAAGCCUCAGGUUUCAUCCAUGAGGACCACCUCCGGGAGCUGCUGACCACCAUGGGUGAUCGCUUCACAGAUGAGGAAGUGGACGAGAUGUACCGGGAGGCACCCAUUGACAAGAAAGGCAACUUCAACUAUGUGGAGUUCACCCGCAUCCUCAAACAUGGUGCCAAAGACAAAGACGACUAGGCCACCCAGCCCCCUGACACCCUGGCCCCUGCCAGUCACCCCUCCCCACACACACUCAUCCAUUCCAGCUCCUUGCCCAUGACCCUCGCUCAGGGAUCCCCCCUUUGAGGGGCUAGGGUCCCAGCUCCCAUGGAGGAAACAGGCCAGGAGAUGCACGUGCUGGGCUGAGGCAAGUGUUCCCACCGUAACCCCAGAGCCCUGGGCUGGAGUCUGACCCCUCCAAGGAAAGACCACCUUCUAGGGACAUGGGCUGGAGGGUAGGACCUGGAGGCACAGAGGAAAGGCCCAUUCCCGGGCUGCUCCCUGAGGAGGAAGGGGCCCUGAGUCCUGGGAUCAACACUACUUCACGGGCAUCCCCACACAAACAGAAGCUCACCAAGGUCCCCUCCCUACACCCUGACCGGCCACUGCUGCACACCCACCCAGAGCACGCCACCUGCCAUGGGAGCAUGCUCAGGAGUCUCGGGCAGCAUGGACAUCUGCCCCAAAGGAGGCAGAAUCUCCAAUAGAGGGCUGAGCACUGC